AUGUCGAUACACUUUGAAGAGCCGGGGUUAACCGGGAGUUACGACUUUGUAGGCUCAUUUCCCAAAAGUCUUGGAUACGGGCUGGAGGAAGCAGACAUGGAGGAGAGCCCCGUGUCAGCUGACCAGCCGAGGAUCCUGCUGAUGGGACGGAGGCGCAGCGGGAAGUCGUCCAUUCAGAAGGUGGUUUUCCACAAAAUGUCACCGAAUGAGACUGUGUUUCUGGAGAGCACCAACAAAAUUUGCAAGGAUGACAUCUCCAGCAGCUCCUUCAUCAACUUCCAAAUCUGGGACUUUCCGGGGCAAGUGGAUUUCUGUGACCCGACGUUUGACAGUGACAUAAUCUUCAAUGGAACAGGCGCAUUGAUCUUUGUUAUUGACGCUCAGGAUGAUUACAUGGAGGCUCUUGAAAAGCUCCAAGUGACGGUGUCAAGAGCCUACAAAGUCAAACCUGACAUCAACUUUGAGGUGUUCAUCCAUAAAGUAGACGGCAUUUCCGACGAUCACAAAAUCGAAACACAAAGAGACAUUCAUGAGCGGGCCAAUGAUAACCUCGCAGAUGCCAGUCUCCAGAAAGUUCACUUCAGCUUCUACUUGACCAGCAUCUACGACCACUCCAUUUUCGAGGCCUUCAGCAAAGUAGUCCAGAAGCUCAUCCCUCAAUUGCCAACUUUGGAGAACCUCCUAAAUAUUUUCAUAUCUCAUUCCGGGAUCGAGAAGGCCUUCCUGUUUGAUGUCGUCAGCAAGAUUUACAUCGCCACAGACAGCUCUGCCGUGGACAUGCAGUGUUAUGAGCUCUGCUGCGACAUGAUCGAUGUUGUCAUUGACGUCUCGUGCAUUUACGGGCUGCAGGACGAUGGCAGCGGCUGUGCCUUCGACAAGGAGUCUUUGGCCAUCAUCAAGCUGAACAACACCACCGUGCUUUAUUUGAAACAGGUCACAAAGUUCCUCGCGCUCGUUUGUAUCCUCAGAGAGGAGCGUUUUGAGAGGAAAGGUCUCAUCGAGUACAAUUUUCACUGUUUCCGAAACGCCAUCCACGAGGUGUUUGAAGUUGCUGCAGCCCACCAAAGUGCCGACUUGAAAGAAUCAGACUCGUCCAGCGGCAGCCCGAAAUUUGCUACGCUAAAUGGGAACAGCCUCAAAGCGCAAUAGCAAAAUGCUAUGACCUCCCCGUUUUUGUUGCCUUGUUUAGUGCCACUGUGGGGAAGGCAGGUUUGUUAACAUUCCAGGUUAUGCAUCCAUGGCAUAUGGUCUCCCAUGUCAUGUAGAUAAGUAUAUUUAUCGCUUUGAAGAUGCUGUCAGCUUUGUGUACCUACUCAGCCGGUUUGUUGUGCAGCGCGACAUAUUUGGAGGGACUUCCCAUUGCGCUCGGCUUUGUUUGUUCUUGUCGCUCUUUGAAAUAGUUAACCUGAAGGGGGUUCACACACUCUGCGCUUCCCUGUACGCUAUGUCCUAGUACAGGGGCUUUACAUUUUUCGAAGGCCAUAUAGGAAAUUCCAAAGGCCAUGAUUUUUUUUUUACUGUACAUAGCUUCUUUUAAUAAAGACAUUACUAUUUUGUUGAUUGAA